CGGCCCGGGCCCCACCGGCCCCCCAUGGACGCCCCCGGCACGGGGCGCUGAGACCCCCGCGUCGUUGCCCAACUCGGUUCAGCGCGCCAAGCCAAGACAUCUCCAGGAACGACAAGACACUGAAGACCUCCCAGCUCCUAACCCAGUACCAUUCACCAACCCGGCUUGCCCCUAGCUCUCCCACCUGCCACUCCCUGGCCCCUCCCACCACUCCCCUCACCCCUUUGGGGCGCAGGGCAUGGUGUGAAAGGCUGAGUACUGAGGCGGGUACUAUGGGUGCUGUACCCUAGGGCCUGGGAGGCGGGGGGUGGGUGGCCUGUGGGCGUUGCAGGGGGGGGCAGUGUGCCCACCCCAGUCUCUUGGCGUGCUGGAGGGCAUCCUGGAUGGAAUUGAAGUGAAUGGAACAGAAGCCAAGCAAGGUGGAGUGUGGGUCGGACCCAGAGGAGAGCAGUGCCAGGUCACCAGAUGGAAAGCGGAAAAGAAAGAACGGCCAAUGUUCCCUGAAAACCAGCAUGUCAGGGUAUAUCCCUAGUUACCUGGACAAAGACGAGCAGUGUGUCGUGUGUGGGGACAAGGCGACCGGUUAUCACUACCGCUGUAUCACUUGUGAGGGCUGCAAGGGCUUUUUUCGCCGCACAAUCCAGAAGAACCUCCAUCCCACCUACUCCUGCAAGUAUGACAGCUGCUGUGUCAUCGACAAGAUCACCCGGAACCAGUGCCAGCUGUGCCGCUUUAAGAAGUGCAUCGCUGUGGGCAUGGCCAUGGACUUGGUUCUAGAUGAUUCGAAGCGGGUGGCCAAACGCAAGCUGAUCGAGCAGAACCGGGAGCGGAGGCGAAAGGAGGAAAUGAUCCGAUCACUGCAGCAGCGACCAGAGCCCACUCCUGAAGAGUGGGAUCUGAUCCAUGUUGCGACGGAGGCCCAUCGCAGCACCAAUGCCCAGGGUAGCCAUUGGAAGCAGAGGCGAAAAUUCCUGCCGGAUGACAUUGGCCAGUCACCCAUUGUCUCCAUGCCGGAUGGAGACAAGGUAGACCUAGAGGCCUUCAGCGAGUUUACCAAGAUCAUCACCCCGGCCAUCACCCGUGUGGUGGACUUUGCCAAAAAACUGCCCAUGUUCUCCGAGCUGCCUUGCGAAGACCAGAUCAUCCUCCUGAAGGGGUGCUGCAUGGAGAUCAUGUCCCUGCGGGCAGCUGUCCGCUAUGACCCUGAGAGCGACACCCUGACCCUGAGUGGGGAGAUGGCGGUUAAGCGGGAGCAGCUCAAGAAUGGCGGCCUGGGUGUAGUCUCUGACGCCAUCUUUGAACUGGGCAAGUCACUCUCUGCCUUUAACCUGGAUGACACGGAAGUGGCUCUGCUGCAGGCUGUGCUGCUGAUGUCGACAGACCGCUCCGGCCUGCUGUGUGUGGACAAGAUUGAGAAGAGUCAGGAGGCGUACCUGCUGGCCUUUGAGCACUACGUUAACCACCGCAAACACAACAUUCCACACUUCUGGCCCAAGCUGCUGAUGAAGGUGACUGACCUCCGCAUGAUCGGGGCCUGCCACGCCAGCCGCUUCCUCCACAUGAAAGUCGAGUGCCCCACCGAACUCUUUCCCCCACUCUUCCUCGAGGUCUUUGAGGAUCAGGAAGUCUAAAGCCUCAGGCGGCCAGAGGGUGUGCGGAGCUGGUGGGGAGGAGCCUGGAGAGAAGGGACAGAGCUGGGGGUUGAGGGAGAACCCCCCCACCUCUUCUCUCCUUCCUCCCAUCCUUGGAUAGCUGCAGCUCCCAUACACCCCUGCACUGCCCAGUCCCCCUCAGAACCUCCAGCCCUCCGACAGGGCAACAAAUGAACUUGCUAUGAAAGACAGUGUGGGAGACUGGGCCCCCCCCCCCCCAGCCUCUAAGGAACUAGGGGAGGGAGGGAGAACUGAGAGGGACAAGCCAUCCUGAUUGUAGGGUCAGGAGGAAUGAGGAAUAGGGGCAGAUGCCCUCACUCACCCCUAUACACACAGGAGAGCCCUGCCAAGUUCCUUGGCCUAGAUUUCCCUUCAGGCCACAGGUCUCUACUUCCCCAAAUACCUGGGUCCUAGGUGCAAAGGACAGCUUGGCUUGGUUUGGCUCCUCCCCUGGAGGCUAAAAAUGGUCGUCACCCUAACUGCACUUUGGAAAACCAAGCGAGGGGAGAAUAUAAAUGAAGAAAAACUAGACAGAAAAGAAAAAAAAAAAAGACAAAAAAGAGAGCGUUAGAGAGAGAGAGAGAGAGACAUAGAGAGAUGAUAUUAAGUUAUUAGCUGAGGCUGGCCCAAGGGGAAGGACCCCCCCUUCCCACCCCCAUGCACUUUGAGAGCUGCCCUUCCUACCCCCAGAGAGAUGCCCCCAGCAGACCUCCAAGGCUGCUGGUUCGAGCUGUGGAGCUGUGAGGUGACACAACAGGGUCCUGGCACCCCCCUUGCCUUGCCCCCACCCCUGUGCCCCUUUGGCACUGCACCCCAGUACUUCCUCUGCUCUCUGCCACUCGUGCCCGCUGAGUUCCAUCUACCUCUCACGCUGGAUGCCAGCUGGCCCCUCACCAGCCUGCCCUGUUGCCCACACAGCUCCCCUUUCAAGUGCCCAGCCCCAGGGGCCUCCUGUCCCCCUCCUGCUAUACCUUGGCACCCACACACAGGAAAAACUGUGGCCCAGGCUCCUUCCCUCCUCAUAUCCUGCAGUAUUAGCUACAAUCCAGAUGCUGCUGCAUGGGGGGUGGGGUGGACGUGUGUCUCCCAGAACCUCUGCCCCUGUGGGACUCCGUUUCCUGUCUGUUCUCUGGGCUCCCUUUGCCCUCCGUACUGACUCCCACUUGACGCACUAAGCCAGACGUAGGGCAGGUUGGCGUGCAGCGGGAGUGUUUCUGUCAGUGGCACUUAGGGGCCCUGGGGAGGAGGCAGUUGGCACUCCUCCGGUUUUCUUUGAAGCUCUUUAGGCCAGCCACCCCUCUGCCCCUGGGAACCCGCUCCCCUCUUCUUUUCUAAUUCAGGGACUUUGGCUUGAGCCAUCUCCCACCCUCUGGUGAGGAGUGCUCUGUUGGUCUGCCCUUGGGUGAGCUGCCCUCCUCCUCCUCCUCCUCCCCUUGGCUACAGCCCACUCCUCUGCAGAGAGAGAGGGCGGGAGGAAGUGGCCCUCCCACGAGUGGGAGGGAAGGGAGGAAAGGGAGAAACAGAGCAGACCAGUGGCCCUGGGUUCAGGGCUGCAUGUCGGCAGGGAUGGAUGGGUGGACAUAGAUGCCCCCCGGAAGCCAUUGGGGAAUGACUGGGGCAGGGGGCGGGGGAGGGGGUGCCAGGGCUUCCUGCGCUUUGCACUAUUGGGGCAAAAAUGUCUUAAGCAGUGGGGAACCUGCCACCCCACUCUGACCCUCAGCCUGCCACAGCCCCUACACACACACACACACACACACACACACACACACACACACACAGAGGAAGGCAAUGCUUUUCUGUCCCCAGGGCAGUGUCCUCUGCCACUGUUCAGGUGUUCCAACUGGGCAGAGGGCCUGGAGGAGCACCUCCUGUCACCUGUGCAUGUGCCUGCCCCACCCCUCGGGGCCCCUGGGCCACCUGUGCUAUCUUUAUCUCUAUCCUCUUUCUCUCUCCUGGGGUACUGAUUUCCAUAUUCCUCCAGUCCCAUGGGUAAACCCUCUCAUAUCCCCCCAUACCUGGGGGCCCAGUGGAGUUCCUGACCUGCCUGCUGUCUCCCUUCCCCUGGCUCCACUCCUCCCUCUCCAUUCCCAUUCUCAGCCAUGGGCAUGGCCUCUUACAGGCACUUGGGAAUCCCCCCCUUCCCCAAAUCAUAUGAGCUGUGAGCCCCUUCCCCUCAGCCCUUCCCCUUCCCCUCAGUGAUGUGGAGUGUGUGUGUUCCUGUGUGUGAAUGUAUGAGUGACUAGACGUUGUGGGGAGGAGCCAGAGAGACUCAGGAGUGCCACGCACCUGUUCUAGAGAGGCAGCUGUCCCAGUCCCUGCUGUGGAAGUGGGCGACAGGGCCCUCUCCUGGGGGCCAUUGGUGCUAAUGGGGGGUUGGCCUUGGCAUGGGUGCUUAGCAUGCCUUCCCCCAGUGUUGGCCCGGGG